AUGACGGGGGCCUCCAAGCUACAAGCUCUCUGGAAUCACCCUGCUGGACCCAAAACAAUCCACUUUUGGGCUCCAACGUUCAAAUGGGGGAUCACCGUUGCAAAUAUUGCCGACUUCGUUAAACCUCCUGAGAAGCUUUCGUAUCCUCAGCAGAUAGCUGUAACAUGUACUGGAAUCAUAUGGUCUCGCUACAGCACAGUUAUAACUCCGAAAAACUGGAAUCUGUUUAGCGUAAAUGUGGCAAUGGCUGGAACAGGCAUAUAUCAGCUGUCGCGUAAAUUACGGCAUGAUUACUUUUCUGAAGCCGAGCCUUCGCUUGCUGAAGAAUAA